GCGGAAGCGGUUCCGCUGUGAGCUGAGGCUGCUCCGCCAGCGGGUAGAGGGGCGGUUUCCGCAUCAGCAGCAGGCUCGUCCGCGGAGGUAAACAGCAGCCCCCGCCCACAGUGUUUCCAAUAAAUAGAAUCACAAACAGUACUUGAGAGAAAUGACCCACUGGUUUCAUCGCAACCCUUUAAAGGCUACAGCUCCUGUCACAUUCAAUUUCUAUGGGGUAGCCAGCAGUCCUGCUGCAACAAAGAUUUGCAAUGACUUAAGAUCAUCCAGGGUACGACUCUUGGAGCUGUUUACUGAUUUGAGUUGUAAUCCAGAAAUGAUGAAGAAUGCAACUGAUUUGUACUUUUCACUCUUGCAAGGCUUUAUAGUCUCACUGGAUAACUCUUCUCAAGACUGCAAGUUGCGAUAUAUUCAGAAUUUUAAGUGGACAGACACAUUACAAGGACAAGUUCCAAGUGCCCAGCAGGAUGCUGUGUUCGAACUGGUUUCCAUGGGAUUUAACGUGGCUCUCUGGUACACAAAAUAUGCAUCGAGACUGGCCGGGAAAGAAGAUAUAACAGAAGAUGAAGCAAAAGAUGUUCACAGAAGCUUGAAGAUAGCAGCUGGGAUUUUUAAACAUUUGAAGGACAGCCAUAUCCCCAAACUGAUUACACCUGUAGAAAAGGGAAGGGAUUUAGAAGCUCGACUUAUAGACUCCUACAUCAUCCAAUGCCAAGCUGAAGCUCAAGAAGUGACAAUUGCCCGAGCUAUUGAGCUGAAACACAAUCCUGGUCUGAUAGCUGCUCUAGCCUAUGAAACAGCCAAUUUCUACCAAAAAGCUGAUCAAAUGUUAUCCAGUUUGGAUCCAGCGUACACUAUUAAAUGGAGAAAGUACUUACAGUUGAAGGCAUGUUUCUAUAUGGCUUAUUCAUACUGCUACCAUGGUCAAACUCUGCUGGCCAGCGAUAAAUGUGGAGAAGCAAUCAGAUCUCUGCAGGAAUCAGAAAAAUUUUUUGUCAAGGCUGAAGCAUUAUGCAAAGAAUAUGGUGAAACAAAAGGGCCUGGGACUACUGCCAAACCCUCUGGCCACCUCUUCUUUAGGAAACUGGGAAGUCUGGUUAAGAAUACCCUAGAAAAAUGCCAGAGAGAAAAUGGAUUCAUUUACUUUCAGAAAGUGCCACCUGAGGCUCCUCAGCUGGAGCUGAAGGCGAACUAUGGCCUGGUCGAACCCAUCCUUUUUGAAUUUCCUGCCUUGCAUGCACACUGGACCCCUGAAACACUUGCUGCAUUUGAUCUCACCAAGAGGCCAAAGGAUGACAGUGCUAAGCCAAAACCAGAGGAAGAAGUGAAACCUCUGAAAGAACCAGAUAUAAAGCCUCAAAAAGACAGUGGAUGCCAGAUCUCUUAA